AUGAACUCCUUCCUUGUUGAUACUUUUGAGAAAAUUGCAACUGAAGCCUCCAGAUUGUGUAAAUACACCAGAAGGGACACCUUAUCAUCACGUGAAAUUCAAACUGCCAUCAGAUUAGUAUUGCCAGGAGAAUUGGCCAAGCACGCAGUUUCCGAAGGAACCAAGGCCGUUACGAAAUUUACCUCUAAGUAA